GUAUUUAAUAUUUUAUAACAGUACCUAAAUGUUGAAAAAGUAUAAGGAUUAUGACAUAACGUUAUAUUAUCUGUUAUACGUUAUAACGCCCAAUGCUAAUGCUAUUACCUAUAUAAAAAUCAUGGCCAACCGUCACCGUCCGUCAUUAUGACAAAUUCAAAAUUGACACCCUGCUUAGUUUAGCCGGCUGUCAUUCUCAAUAAUUCCAUCUUUUAAUAGACCAGCCGAAAUACAUCCUACAUAUUUUUCGAUUUGUUUAUUUAUCAAAUAUUGAUAACAGUGUGAGAUUUACUCACUUUCAUAUAGAUUUAUCUUUGAUAACUGGAAACACAACGUUACUCGGUGUUUAUCUUUACAUUUAUAAUAAAACUAUGAGGAAAGAAGACAGUGUUUGAUGCCGCUACUAUAAAUAAACAACAAACAAGAACUUAUUUUGUAAACACAGAGAUGAAAUUAAAAAAGUUGGCUGGUGACAGGCGCCGUGGCAGUGGGUUGCGUCACCCCUCGGCUUCAACAUGCUACUCUCUAUGUUCAAAGAUAAUCUACCAGCUGUGGAAAAAUAUAUGGAGGUAGCUAAAAGUUUGGAAAAUGUACAGGGCUGUAAUAUGAAACGCAGGAUAUUUAGUUCACUAAGCAGUUCACAUCCUUUAAUAGACUUAUCUGAAUAUCCAGAUAUUGAAAAGGCAGACUUUAAAAAAAACGAGAAUGCUUUCACAAUCUUUGUUAACAAAUAUGGACCUUUGCGAUAUCAUGAGUUUUCCUCAAAAACUGAAUUCAUAUUCACUAGUGUCUGUACAUUUCAGAGCACCUGGCCAUCGGAGCCUAACACUGGUUUCAUGAAGUUAUACAAUUCAUUUGAGUAUACACAGGACGUGAACUAUGAGGGUAGACUCUUAGAGUUGCCUCUCCGGACUGAAGGCUUCAAAUUGGUGUUGGUGUUACCGAAUGAGGGUACAAUAGUGAAGACAUUAUUCUCAACAUUGUCCGACCAUGGCCUUGCUGCAGCUAUCAACAGCAUACAGCCCCUGUUUACUGGGAAGACAGAGCUCAUGAUGCCUAUUAGCAUUGAUGUGACGUCUAGAAUAGAACUUGAUAAUACAAAGCAGGGAGCACCGAUUCAAUACGGUACUAUAGCUGUCUCAGACAAAGGCGCUCAAGUCAAGGUACUUACUUGUUUGUAUUCACCUGCGAGCGCAGUAUCAAGCAACGAGGCCGUGACGUCACUGCAACCCACCGAGGUGUGGCCGACGCCGCCAUUUUAUUUCGCAAUAGUUUACAAAGACACACCCAUAUUCUACGGAGAUUUUAAUAAGCCUAUAUUACGCGCAACGCAUGUAAAGCAUAAGAAAUGAAUUGACGGAGAGUGGAAAAAUGAUUUGGAAUCAGCUGUUAUUAAGAAUAGCAUUCAUUUUGCACAAUCAGGCAAUCAAUGCGUUAUCUUUGGAGUAAAUAAGUGUUUAUUUUUUUUAUAUUUGUUAUACAUAUUUUUAUAAAAUGUACUUUGUUUGUACAUAUUUAAAUUGGACUUGUAGAGUUUCUGGGUGGUCCCUGGAAUUAUAGGCGCAGCACAAUAUGUUAUAAUUUUAUAUGAAUAUAUUUCGUUAUUAUA